AUGAAUCUAUACAGCCAAGCAAUUUUCAGGCUCCUCGACCAAAUUGUUGGAGAUGCCAGUUUUCCUUUGACACAGAGAGAACAAGCAGCCUACAUCACAGCUUCAUUCGCCUCCCACCACAACAGCUAUCGGCUCAUGGCUCAGGUCUCUGCCCUUUUCAAUGGCGGCAAACUGCUGCAUGCGUCUCACAGGAAUACUGGGAUUGAGGGAAAUUUAGAAGUCCCUGUUUGCCGUCAUGGUCCUAUCAUUCAAGCAAUUGCGAACGACUAUCAAGUUACCCCCACUGUCCCCGACUUUGAAGGACACCCAAUCGAACUUGUUAGCAUUCUGGACCCGGAAAUUGAGUCCAGACUUACUGGCGAGAAAAUAUUUGAGCUUCACCAAAUUCUCGUGUCAAUGGAGAGAAUCGCGAAUGAAGAGCUUGCCAGAUACACCAUACAAUACGGCUAUCACUACAUAUUCAGGGCUGGUCUCAACCAGUACUAUAUGACCAAAGCCGUAGUCGAAAAAGUAAAUUUCUUGAGACAGGAUGCUCGAGGUCAUGGGUAUCAAGUCCGGGCACAGAGACUCUGCUAUCAAGCGAUGGAAUAUCGUCCUAACCUCAGCGACGCGGAAAAGAACAUCGUGGUUCAGGCUCUCAAUUGCGUACCAGAGGACGCACACCGGUUCUGGAAUUGGCUUGCCGCAAACCGCGCAUCCUACUGCGCAAUGAAAGCUUGCAUUUCCCUGCUGAACAGGCUCCAAUUCAAUGGAGAGAUGUUUCUUACGACCAGGCUCAGGUAG